ACUUGUCAAGGUGGAGUGAGUCUGAGGUCAGUAGAUGAACAGAAGGUGAAAGAUCUCAAGAAAGGAUGAGGGAGAGAGUCGCUUGCAACUGGAGCCCAAGCAGCUGGCUGCUGGCACUGUCUCUGGCCUGGGUGUGGACCUGCCUGACCUUGGCUUCCUUGCAGCCUUCUACUGCCACAGUCCUCAUAAAGCAGGGCACGUGCGAGGUGAUUGCUGCUCACCGCUGUUGCAACCGGAACCGAAUUGAGGAGCGCUCCCAGACUGUCAAAUGCUCCUGUCUUUCUGGCCAGGUGGCUGGUACCACGCGGGCAAAACCCUCCUGUGUGGACGCCUCCAUCGUCCUGCAGAGAUGGUGGUGUCAGAUGGAGCCCUGUCUCCCAGGGGAGGAGUGUAAGGUGCUCCCGGACCUGUCAGGAUGGAGCUGCAGCAGUGGACACAAAGUCAAAACCACCAAGGUCACACGAUAGCACCGUGGGUCAUGACUUGGACAGGACAGGCUUUCUGGAGCCCUGGACUGAAGAGUGGCAACCAGUCAUCAACCAGUAAUAUGGGGAGUCCCUUACCUGGACAUGUGUCCUGUGCCAAAUGCAGCACCCAUCUUUCCAGGGCCAUAUCAGU